UCCCGAGGACACUCCUCACUCCACUCUCUUCCACACUGCAUCCAGGGUCUCCCCAGAGGGUGUCACGAUGUGCACCCCACUGCUGGUGACACUGGUGACACUGGUGAUGGUGCCUGUGGGAGUUUCUCCCUAUGGCUUCCGCAACUGCAUCCAGGCGCCGUGGGACCCUGGGCUGUUCCGCUGCAUCCAGCGCUUCCUGRGCACUGUGGGGGCUGCAGUGGGUGACCUCCCCUCCACUGCCACCUCCCUCAACCUCUCUGUCAACACUUUGCGCCAGGUACCCCCCCGUGCCUUUGCCCACCUGCCGCAGCUCCACACCCUAGAUCUGACCCACAACAAGCUGGAACUCCUGGCCCCGRGGGCUUUCUGGGGGCUGUUGGCACUGGACCACCUAGACCUGGCCCACAACCACCUGUCAGUGCUGGCCACAGGUGUUUUCACUGGGCUGGGCAACCUGAGCUUACUGCGGCUGGAUCACAACCCACUGCAGAAGGUGGCUCCCAGUGUUUUCCAGCCACUGGCUGCACUGACUACGCUCUGGCUGCGGGGCGGCCAGCUCAGCGCACUGCAGCCUGURGCCAUGGCCAUGGGGCACUUGACACACCUGGACCUGCUCGACCUGUGUGGCAACAUGCUGUCRACACUGGGCCCAGGACUGCCACCCACACUGAGGGUCCUGCGCCUCUGCAACAACUCCCUGGGAGCUCUUUCAGGGGCGACCCCUGRGGUGCUGCCYYCAGGGCUGCGUGUGCUCGACCUGUCCUACAACAACAUCUCARACCCCACGCCACUYGCUCGCCUGUGCCUGCACAACCUGACAUACCUGCAYCUGGCUGGGAACCCACUGGAUGUGGUGCAGCUGCUGCGCGUGGCUGGAGUCUCCCCGCGCCAUGUGGAUGUGUCAGGGCUGCAGGUGGGCACAAGAGGCUUGAAAUACCUGUGCCAGCAGCUGACAGGGCCGUGGCUGCAGAGGCUGCGCCUGCAGCGCGUGGGGCUCACAGCAAUGCAUAAUGCAUCUCUGGCCAAUUGCCCGUUGCUGGGUGCCCUGGAUGUGUCUGGCAACCGUCUGCGGCACUUGGGCUGUGUAGGGUGGCUGCUGACSCCGGCGCAGCGCGCGGUGCUGGGUGAGCUGGUGGCUGAGCACAACCUGCUGCAGCGGCUGCCAUCGUGCCACGGGACCCCGGUUCUGCACCARCUCCRCAAUAUKUCCCUGCGCUUCAACCGCAUCCUGGUGGCUGGUGCGGGUGCCUUUGACAAUGCACCGGCGCUGCGGCAGCUGCGGCUGGAUGUGAAYGGGCUGGCGUGGCUGGACCGUGCAGCGCUGCGUGGACUCCRCGAACUGCGGCACCUGCGYCUUGACAACAACCUGCUCACCGACCUCCCGUCCGGCKCCUUUGCUGACCUGCACCAGCUGGARGACCUCAACCUGCGCAACAACCGUGUGUCAGUGCUCUUUCCUGGUGCCUUCAAGGGACUUGACCGCCUGCAGACCCUUGACCUGGGUGGAAACAACCUGCGUCAUUUGGCCGCCAUGGCGUUUCAGGGCCUCCCGCGGCUUUGCCGGCUCUACCUGGAUCGCAACCGGCUGCUGGAAGUGAGUGCAGCYGCAUUCCAGCCGGUGCAGGUGACACUGGGUGUGCUGGACCUGCGUGCCAAUGCGCUGCGCUACCUGAGCCGACACCCGCGGCAGCUGCCACCCUUUCGCUAYCUGCACAACCUCUAUGACCUGAAGCUGCAGGCGCAGCAACCAUAUGGGAUGCGUGUGGUCCCACAACGCUUCUUCCAGGGCCUCAGUGCCUUGAGAUCGCUCUACCUGUCACAGAACUCGCUCUCAGCCAUCCCUGCUGAUGCCUUCGAUGACCUGGCACAGCUGAGGUACCUGACACUAGCUGACAGCAGCAGUGGGAUGGGCAACCUUCCCGCCGGCAUCUUCAAGAACCUGAGCCAACUGCAUAGCCUGAACCUGGAGAGUGCAGGACUGCGCAGCCUUGGCCCCGAGGUCUUCGGCAACCUGACACAACUGAAGGAGUUACGYCURGCCAAGAAUGAGCUGCGUGCACUGGAUCCGAUGCUGGCCACACAUCUGCCUGCCCUGCGCUACCUGGACCUGCGCAAGUGCCCACUGAGCUGCAGCUGUGCCAAUGCCUGGCUGCCUGCCUGGCUGGCACGUGGGCCUGUGCAGGUGGUCUACCUGUAUAACUACACCUGUGGUGAGACAGGUGAGGCCUCCAAAUACCUGCACUGCUUCGACACGCGCGUCUGCUACCUGGACAUGGGGCGCUACCUAUUUGCAGGGACGGCACCGGCUGUGCUGCUGCUGCUGGCGCUGCCACUGCUGUACCACCGUGCGUACUGGCGGCUGCGCUACCAGCUCUUCCUACUGCGUGCGUGGGCACGUGGGCGCUGGCGGCGGGAGCAGCGGCGCUACACCUACGACACCUUCGUGUCCUACAACUCUGGGGAUGAGCAGUGGGUGCUGGAGGAGCUGGUGCCUGAGCUGGAGCGUGGAGCCCUGCGGCUCUGCCUACACCAUCGCGACUUUCGCCCCGGCCGUGCCAUAGUGGACAACAUCGUGGAUGCAGUGUACAACAGCCGGCACACGGUGUGCGUGGUGAGCCGUGGGUACCUGCGCAGCGAGUGGUGCUCACUGGAGAUCCAGAUGGCCAGCUACCGCCUCUUUGAUGAGCUGCGUGAUGUCCUUGUCCUCAUMUUCCUCGAGGACAUCCCUGAGGCCGAGCUCUCGGCCUUCCACCGCAUGCGCCGUGUGCUGCUGCGGCGCACGCACCUGCGCUGGCCCCCUGAGCCCCCUGCACAGCCCCUCUUCUGGGCAAAGCUCAGGCGUGCCCUGAGUAGUGGGGAUGAGGAGGAGGAGGACAGGGAGAGGAGGAGCAGGGAGGAAGGAUGCCCUGGUGCAACUCGGACCCCGGGGGAAGUUCCCCCUCAGAAAAGCAACUUUCUGCCCGAAAAUCACUGUUUAUUCUUUGGGGAAGGUACCCUGUGGAGUGGGGAUGAUGGCAGCAAGGAGRAAGAKGGGGAGGAGAGGAAGGGGGAGGGCAGGGAAGAAGGCUGCUCUGACAUGGCUGGAACUCCUGUGGAGGUUCUCCCUCASAAAAACAGUUUUCUGCCACCAAAUCACCGGCUUUUCUCUGGGGAAUAUGCUCUGCACAGUGGGGAUGAAGGUAAGGAGGAGGGAGAGGAGAAGGAAGAGGAGGAGGAGGAGGAGGAUGAAAGGCUAUGGGGAUAGAGAGCAGCUGCUGUACAGCGACCUCACCCUGGUAUAAUAGUGAUCCAUGGAGACAUUCCUAAUCAAAAAAAUGUUGUUUUGUGUGAAAAACRAGGUUCACUCUCCUGUUAAAAUUUAAAAGGUUUUAAUAAAUGACAACAGGGUACAUAAAAGCARAAGGAUACAGYGCCAGCUGCCAGAGGCACACCUGCUAUUGACAGGAGACAUCUUUAAAUACAUUUYGUAUUGCAYCAGCWUAAUGCUUAUUCAUAGGCAUUUAUGCAUACUCAAACUUUUCCAGGAGCUGUUUAGCAUGGCRCCUCCUCCAGUGUAGCCCUUUGUUCCGUGGUUUCAGUAGAUGACAGUUGUGUCCGUAGCAUGGGCCCCUCUGCUGUCCAUGCAGAUAAGCCCAUCAGAAGGUUGUGGGUCUCACCAGCCAGGCUCCUCUGCACAGCAGAGGACGGAUUUCCACGAGCUCUGACUAGAGACUUUUCACUGCACAUCCCAAAGCCUCUGUUCCUUCCACCCCCCACCCUUUUGCUGUCAGGGUCUGUGCUGGCCUGGCAGCUGAUAGUCCUGGGGCGAUGGCCUCCCCACCCCGAAGCCGCUAAGCAUCAUGAUCUCUUUGUGAAUGUAUGCAUCCUUUUCCCCAGCUCUGAGCUGCUUCUUAUCUUUAAGGACCACUGCUGCCAGGGCCUCAUUCAGGGUUUUUUGGUAGCUUUCUUUGCAGCUUUUGUAUAGUUUAGCUAUAAUAUGAAAAAUAUCCUUUAUGGAAAUGUUUAAGUCACAAGCCAUAACAMUYCAGUUUAACCACAAGUAUUCUAUGGCUAUAUCUGAGUUACAAAAGAAAAACAAACCAAUCAGUGAUGAUUUUAGCMCUGUGUCCGCAUAACUAAGCUAUUUAUGCAAAAAAGGCAACAUUGUACAGAUAGCAGUCAUCUUAAUAUUUGCGAAAGCCGACACUAUAAUAUGUGUUUAUAAUAUUUUGUCUCAAAAUCUCUGCUUUUCCUCUGAGAAAUGUGCAGUUGGGACAAUGGUAACAAGGAAAAGGGGAAGGAGGAGCAGAGAAGAGCAAAGUGGACCUCAGUGUUCAGAUGCAUGAAUGCCCAACAGCAGCUUCAUGACUCCAUUCCUUUGCCUGGCAUUUGCAGACACAUGGGAGCUGCAGCUCUUGCACAUCUGGCUCUUCCUGGCAUGUGCUGCCGCAGCACAAUCGGCUGCUUCUACCCAUAGCGGCACCUCCAGGGCUGGGAAAUUCCAGCGGGAUAUGGGAGACACCCACUAUCCAUCCCAGCACCAACCGUUCUGCCUCCCCACCCCAGCAGCUCCCAAGCCCCAGGCAGGUCCCCGCCUCUCUCCUGCCCGAUCCUCGCCGGCAGCAGGAUGUGCCUGGCUUGGCUGGUGAACCGGRGUGUGCUGCAGGUGUCCGGGCCAGCCGCUGCCGCUGGCUCAUGGCCACGAUCACGGGGCUGUUUGCAUCUGCUGCCCAA